UUUCUUUAUUUGAAGAUGUAUUCGGCGAGUGCAAAGAUCGUGAAACCCCAAGGGGAAAAGCCUGAUGAUUUUGAAUCUUCAAUUUCACAGGCUCUACUUGAACUGGAAAUGAACAGUGACUUGAAGGCACAACUACGUGAACUAUAUAUUACAGGAGCAAAGGAAAUCGAUGUAGCUGGCAAGAAGGCCAUCAUCAUUUUCGUGCCAGUUCCACAGCUGCGUGCCUACCAGAAGAUUCAGACCCGCCUGGUUCGUGAGCUGGAAAAGAAGUUCAGUGGAAAACAUGUUGUGUUUAUUGCCCAGAGACGUAUUCUACCAAAACCAAACAGGAAGAGUAGAACGAAGAACAAGCAGAAAAGACCUAGAAGCCGCACUCUGACUUCAGUGCAUAACUGCAUUUUGGAGGAUCUCUGCUUCCCAUCUGAAAUCGUUGGCAAGAGAAUACGAAUUAAGCUUGAUGGGUCCAGGUUGAUCAAGGUUCACUUAGACAAGACGCAGCAAACAAACAUUGAACACAAGUUGGAAACCUUUGCAGCUGUUUACAAGAAACUGACCGGAAAGGAAGUUAACUUUGAAUUCCCUGAGAUUGUUGUGUAAAAGGGGAAAAAAUAAUAUGAUAAAGUGACAAUUUAA